AUGCUCAAUCUCCAACAUUUGGUCAGAUGCACUGAGCGUAUGUGCUUGGCUUCUGAACUUUGGGGUUCAGUAGACGAUCCACCGUUCAGGGAGGAUGAGCCUCGCGAGAAGCCACCACACCAGAUGAGACUGUGGAGAGAGAGGUUCUAUAGGGCUAUUUACAGGAUUUUCAUCGCUGGCUCUGUGCUCUAUGGCGUUUACAACAAGCCGUUCUCCUGGAACGCCGAGAGACCUCUUGGUGUCCCACGAGAAUAUCUCAGAGAGUACGACGCAUCUCGGGACUCGAUACUUUACAAACUUGGAAGAUGGGUCUGA